UUAUGGCCCAUCAAAUUGUACAAAGUAAAGAUAUGAACUUGGUUUUGUCAAGUGAUGCCAAACCUAGGUUGAAAUGGACACCAGAACUCCACCGACGAUUCGACGACGCAGUCACUCAGCUUGGAGGUGCAGACAAGGCUACACCAAAAUCCUUAAUGAGUGUAAUGAACAUUCAUGGGCUUACUUUGUAUCACCUCAAAAGCCAUUUGCAGAAAUAUCGUUCUGCGGAAACUCAACUAGUCCAAUCUUACCAGAAAAACAUACAAGAGGAUAAGUUAGAGUCUGCAAUAGUACAUGACAAUCAAAAGGAAGAUGAAAAUUCAAGGGGAUCAAAAGAAAGGAAUGUCUUUGAUGCAGAGCUCAAAGAAAAGCAGAAUGAUCAAAUGAACAAAUUGCAAAUAGCUAGAGCUUUACAAAUGCAAAUGGAGGUGCAGAGGAAACUUCAUCAACAAAUUGAGUUACAAAGACAUUUACAAAUGAGAAUUGAAGCUCAAGGAAAGUAUUUACACUCAGUUUUGAUGAAAGCACAGGAAGAACUUGCCAAAGCUGAAAUCUCUCAAUUAGUUCCAAUGGCUAACAAAUGUUGUCCAAGUUCUUCACUGUCAGAAGUUACUAAAAUCGACCGUUCAAUCUCAAAAUAUGACGGUUCAAUCUCAAACGAAAUAGGCAGAAAACAAUCAAAAGCUGGCACAGUAUGUUCAGUUGAAAGCUCUCUGACAUCGUCCGAGAGCUUAGGAACAAUAAAAGAGAGUCGAGCCAAGCAUGAUAUCGAAGAAACGGGCACGUGGAAGAGAAAUUCUAGUACUCUGCCAAUGGUGAAGAUGAAUCAAGAGAAAGAAAGUGAUUUGUAUACUGAAGUGAAAGAAAGAAAGAGGAGCAGAACUAAUGAACAGUUCAACAAGCUUGAAUUCUUGGAGACAAUUGAUUUGAAUACAAAGUGCCUGAAUGACUGUGAUACUUGUCCAAAAGCAAUAGACUUUAUUAGCAGAUGUUUCUAAGCUUAUAAACUUUAUAAUUAAGUCAAUGGUUACUACAACUGUUAUGUCGUUUCGUUUACAGAAAUUUAUGUACAAUUGUUGUGUAAGAAA